AUGCUACUCGGGCCAUCGAACGCGCAGACUAACGAGCAAAACGCCCCUCACCGCUUGGGCGCCAACUUCGACUACAACCUCACCCUCUCCUUCAACGACGGCGGCACUUCCAACUGCCCCCGCAACGCCUCCAACGCCGGCUCCAGCGUGACCGUCUCAACCAAAUGGCGCGGACCCCGCAGCUGUCUGAACCUGGACGAGAUUUUUCUCAGCAACUCGACCAGCGAGAACAACCACACCAUCCCCUUCGCAGUCUACAACCGCGACCACUACAGCCUGGAAACCAACUACUCCACUAUAGUCUACCACCAGUACUCCACUACCUCCCGCUGGGACGACCGCAACGACACGAGCGAGUUCGCGGACCGGUACGUGCAGUUCUACAGCGACAGGGAUUGUCAGCAGGGGGAUGAUGGGACGGGCGGGGAUGUGUUUCCGUGGUAUGAGAGUUCGUGCAGGGCGGAGUAUGCGUGCUCGCAGGUUGAGUUUAACAUUCGGAGCUUUUUGGUAGGGCCCGUGACGGAUGAGUACUCUGAUGGCCGAUGUAGAUUGACUGCGCAGUACGGGGCGGGGAGUAGUGUGAGGCCGUGGUUGGCGGCGGUGGUGGGGGUGGGAGCAGUGGUGGCGCUGUUUGUAGGUCUGUGA